AUGAAAGAAAAUAAGCCGCUGCCUUCUUCUGCAAAGGACAAACUGAACCCUCAACUCCAAAGGGCUGUGAGCCAAUUCCUUUACACCAUUUUGUAAUGGAGGAGAGAGCCACCUAACCCACCCAGCCCAAACACUGUACUCAAGUUCCUUUCUUAAUCAGCCUUUUUAAAAGGAAACAUGCAGACAGACACUACUUUCUUUUUGGGGGAAGGGAGGUAGAUAGAUAAUUUAUUAUGGUCAAAGACCAGCUCAUGUAACAACACAAUAAAAACAGCGUUCAUAAAGAUAAAAUAUACAAUCGGAGCAAACUGCAGCAGUAGCUCAUGAGAUAUAUACAUACACCCGUACAACUGAGAUUUGGGCUACCAUAAAAAAUUGACCCUGAGGCGCCCCAAAGGGCAACUCCAGCAUUUCCCUAGUAAGCUAUUUUAUUCUAGAGGAUGAUCUGGGCGCAGAAUCUGGCUACCAGCCAGGUCGUCUUGUGAUCUUUGCCUAAGAGGAGAAAAUUAAGUUUAGACUUGUCUGAAAGAUCAGCGAGCCUCUUCAGCAAAGGAUCAAUGGUGUCUCUACGGAUCUCAACAUAAAAAGGACAUCUAAAAAAUAUAUGUUUGGGGCUUCCUAUUUCCCCUAAUGGGCAGGCGCAAAGUGUAGGUGCAUACGGGACUCUUCUAUAGGAGCCUUCCAGAACCGGUGAGGGCAAGGCCGAGCUUCUAGCAAGAGUAAAAGCCCUUCUUUCAUUUCUGGAUGUGAGGAAAUAGAGAUUUGUUGCUGGAGCGGCAACGUAUCUCCCGUUUUCUAUGAUUUUAUAAUCAGGGACCCUUGUACAGUCCUGUUGUCUCUCUAUGUCCAUGAUUCUUUGCCUAACACAGAUCUAGCUUGGCCCAGGUCCGUACUUAUGAGGGUUUGGGGAGCAAGGCCCAAUUUCUGAAGAGGGUUUAAGACUGCUGUCUGCCAGCCAGACUGAAACUGGUCGCUCAGAAUCAAUGGGGCUAUUCCUUGGGGAAGCAAUUUCAGAGUUAGCCACAUAUAUUGAUGUUAGACUAAUAUGAGCUUCAACUUUCAUCAUGCCUGUUGCUAGUCUGACCCAUGCAUUUGAAACGCAUCUAGGAACUUGUAGAAGGGCUCUGAGGACUUUGGAUUGCACUCUUUCAAGGGGAGGGGUGGAAGAAACCGUUUACUAGAAAUCAUGUGUUAUCUCAGAACCUAAUUCAGAGUGAGACUUUCCGUUUCAGUUUCUGCUCUCUGCCUUUAAAUAUAAGGAGAGGCACAAGUGUUUGCUAGCUGGAGCUGAGAAGUCUUUCUGCUGUUCCUACAGAGAAAAGAAGGUAGGCUCUACUCCUUUCUACCUGAGAUGCAAAGCAUACAGAUCUUAUGUGAAUGCUUAGAGUUUGUGUACAUUUCAUGAACUCUUCCUUAUUAAAUGGAAUUUCCAAUUGUGAAAGAUCCCACCCCAUAUUUGGGGUGAUAUUAGUAUCCACUGUGUGCCGAACUCUGGGGUCCCUUCAGUACAAAUAUAUAUCAUGUGGGAAGAACACAAAAAAGUACAAUGCCCGGGAUGCUCCUCUGCUAAGGAAGAAAGGAGACAGAAGGGAAAGCAGUGAGUGGGAGGAGGCAGGCAGACAAAUGGAGGAGGAGGGAGGGAGGGAGGGAGGGAGGGAAGCGGAGGGAAGCACACCUGACCCCAGUGGCCCUGGAGGAAGUCACUGGCAGAGCGUGAAAGGCAACAAAAAGAAGCCGUUUCUGGUCCAUGAUCUAUUCCAGCUUCAGAGGCACCAAUGCAGCCCCUUGCCAAGGGCUCAAGAUCUGCUUGUGGCUCUCCCUUUUCUGCAGCUGCUCCAUCUCCCUCACACAAGUAUCAUCCCAAACCUUCCAGAGCAUUUCCUGCAUGCAAAAAUGUCUGGCUGUGUGUGCGCCUACAAAUCUGGGCGCAGAAUCUGGCUACCAGCCAGGUCAACUUGUGAUCUUUGCCUAAGAGGAGGGAAUUAAGUUUAGACUUGUCUGAAAGAUCAGCGAGCCUCUUCAGCAAAGGAUCAAUGGUGUCUCUACGGAUCUCAACAUAAAAAGGACAUCUAAAAAAUGUAUGUUUGGGGCUUCCUAUUUCCCCUAAUGGGCAGGCGCAAAGUGUAGGUGCAUACGGGACUCUUCUAUAGGAGCCUUCCAGAACCGGUGAGGGCAGGGCCAAGCUUCUAGCAAGAGUAAAAGCCCUUCUUUCAUUUCUGGAUGUGAGGAAAUAGAGAUAUGUUGCUGGAGCGGCAACGUAUCUCCCGUUUUCUAUGAUUUUAUAAUCAGGGACCCUUGUACAGUCCUAUUGACUUGCUAUGUCCAUGAUUCUUUGCCUAACCACAGAUCUAGCUUGGCCCAGGUCCAUAGUUAUGAGGGUUUGGGGAGCAGGUCCAAUUUCUGAAGAGGGUUUAAGACUGCUGUCUGCCAGCCAGACUGAAACUGGUCGCUCAGAAUCAAUGGGGCUAUUCCUUGGGGAAGCAGUUUCAGAGUUAGCCACUUAUAUAUUGAUGUUAGACUAAUAUGAAUUUUGUCUUUCAUCAUGCCUGUUGCUAGUCUGACCCAUGCAUUUGAAACGCAUCUAGGAACUUGUAGAAGGGCUCUGAGGACUUUGGAUUGCACUCUUUCAAGGGGAGGGGUGGAAGAAACCGUUUACUAGAAAUCAUGUGUUCUCUCAGAACCUAAUUCAGAGUGAGACUUUCCGUUUCAGUUUCUGCUCUCUGCCUUUAAAUAUAGGAGAGGCCCAAGUGUUUGCUAGCUGGAGCUGAGAAGUCUUUCUGCUGUUCCUACAGAGAAAAGAAGGUAGGCUCUACUCCUUAAUCCCAAUCUUUAAUUUAAUAAAAUGUUAAAAUAUAUAACUUCAACUUUUUUAAACCUAAUCCUUGAUCUUAAUAUCAUAUAACUUUAAAAUUUUCCCUUUUAAUAUCAAAUUUCCAUUUCUUUAAACAUCUUUAAUCUUGCUCUUUAGUCUUAAUCUAUCAUUAACUUUAACCUGUGCAGCUGGAAACCGCUUGUUUUCAAUCCAACAUCACUCUAACAUUCCUUAAUUUUGCAGUGUUUCUGAAGAUAGUCUUUGAAUUUCUUCCAGUCUUCCUCCAUCGACUCUUCUCCCUGGUCACGGAUUCUACCAGUCAUUUCCGCCAAUUCCAUAUAGUCCAUAAGUUUCAUCUGCCAUUCCUCCAGCGUGGGAAGUUCUUGUGUCUUCCAAUACUUUGCGAUGAGUAUUCUUGCUGCUGUUGUUGCAUACAUAAAGAAAGUUCUAUCCUUUUUUAACACCAUUUGGCCGACUAUGCCCAGGAGAAAGGCCUCUGGUUUCUUAGGGAAGGUAUACUUAAAUACCUUUUUUAAUUCAUUAUAUAUCAUAUCAUUAUAUACCUGAGAUGCAAAGCAUACAGAUCUUAUGUGAAUGCUUAGCGUUUGUGUACAUUUCAUGAACUCUUCCUUAUUAAAUGUGCUUAUAACAUGUGCUAAAAGUCAAAUUAAAUUGCGCGAAAUAAAUUUGCUGGUAAGCGACUGAAUCCCACCCUAAAAUAGCAAGUCUGGAACCACCCACAGUUUGCAGCUGAAGUAGAAAAACAAAAAUUGUGAUUUGGUAUAAGACAACUUUUGAAAGCUGAACAGGUUCUAAUUCUUUCUCCCCUCCUCUUGCUCUUUAAAUAAAAUGUUUCUUUCACAGACUGCUGCUUUAAGAGAUGAUGUCCAGCUAUGA